UGUUGGAUAAUAUCAUAUCGAGUUCAAAUUCGGCGUCAGCCAGAAAGCUCAACAGCUUACAAUCAAAAUACUGCAGAGAUUCAGGCUAUCGUGGACUUCUCAAAGAAGAGUAUGAGCAACUUUCUGGGAGAGGCAAAGAUGGUGAUCGACGCUCUGGAUUCUUUGCAACAUAUCCACCCGCUCGUUGAUGUGGCUAUAAUCCUUUUCAAGGGUGUCGUGAAUCUCGAACUAACGCGGAGAGAGAACGAUCUUAAAGUCGCAUCAGUGAUAUCUCAGGCGUCUGUUUUGAUGAACAUGCUUCACCUACUCAAGGGCACUAGGGAGAGUCCCGUCAUGAGACCUUAUGGUGAAAUUCUAGGACCGCUUCGACCCGUGUUAAAUGACAUCAAGCAAGAUAUUGUGGACUGCGGAAAUGUCAUUGAUAAAUUAUACAAGUCAAAGCUCAUGGUAAAACUUUUCAGAUCAUCCCAUUGGGCUAGCGAGUUCGUGAAUAUCUGUAACAACUUUUCCAAGCAAAAGCUCACAAUCCUCAUCCAGAGGCCAAGCGAACGUGAAUCAAGAUUUGAAAAAGAAGUGCAAAAAUGUGGUGGAAGAGAUCAAUGUCUGGCAAACAAUGACAAACUAUUGGAACUCAUGAAGAUCACCGAGUCGUGGGAAGCCCAUCCACAAAAGCCUGGUUCUAAGAUUGCUUCUGCCAAUGGAUCGAACGACGAGAAGCACCUUCUUGAUGCCACGCUGCUUCACGAUCUGCGUGCUCCUUUACGCAGCUUACUCGAUGAGAACUAUCAGGUUUUCAUGUUCAAACUUGACAAGCAGACUGCUGACAUCAAAGAUGCCAUCAAGGAUUCUGAGACGCGCAUCGUAUGGGCCUUCAACAGCAGGUUUCAACUGGUGAAGGAUCUGCACCUGCAAUACAUCUGGAAAGAAAUGAAAUGGCCAACAAGUGUCAAGACGCUAUACUUCAUUGCGGAACUCCAUGAUUAUUACACAAACCAUUUCUCCCGCCUACGUCAUACUGCUGUGUUCCCACAUGCAACGCUGGGUUCUUCAUCUUUGGUGGUGCAAAUAUUACCAUCAAGCCCCACUGGCUCCGUCAUGUCUGAUCUAGAGGGAGAAGACCACGAGCUUGCAGCAGUCGAUCCUGCAUACCAUGAACUUCCUACUGUUGACCCUGCAGACGAGUGGUGCCUGAAAUACUUGACCGUUUUCUAUCUACCAAGUUUAUCAGAAAGCUUCGACGAUGAUGCAAACGGCUUGGUCAGCAUAAGGGAGGUGAAUGCCUUCACUUCUAUGAUACCUAAGGGUUGGAGUCUGCUACAAGCACUUGCCUACCGGGCCGCAGGUUGGAGAGUGGAUAGCCAACAUUACCACACACGGAUUGAACAGGUCUUGGCGAGCAUGCUCGAUACGCAAAUAGAUGCACUACCAGGAAACAGGAGGUGUAUUGCCAUGUACUUGAAUGAUAAUAUCGAUGCCAUCACAAGGCUCGUUCGUUCUCUUGCAGAACUUGGACAAGAGCGUUUGGACUUGGAUCUCAUGCAAUUGGCUGAUCAGCGUCGCGAGACUCAGGAGAAGGCGUUGGCGCAUAAACUUGACAAGGUGAAGUAUGAAAUCGACUCCCAAGAUUCUCUCAAACUCUUCGAAUCUGGCCGCAUCGAAAAUUUCUUGCUGCCUUUACUUUACCUCGUAAUCAGCAGGCAUUUACAGAUCAUGAAGCUCGCCAGCACAGUGAUUCUGGUGGAAAGAGAAUUUGUGUCUGCAGCUCAAACCAUACAGAAUAUCUUGGGUGGGGCAUAUCUGCGUAUGGAGCAACUGGCAGGGCACCGAUCCAAAAGUGAGAUUCAAGUGGUAUGCGCAUGGCUUGUACAACUUUUGGUACAGUUCAGAGCGAACUACACGUGAUACCGAAUACUGGGAGACCCACCAUGACGAUUUCGGGUUUGAUGACACUAAACUGGAGAUUGAUGCGACAGCACUGAAGCUUGGUCCCUUCUGUCUGACAGAGGACCAGGAACUGUUGGAAAGGCCUGUGACGUUCGUUACAUUGAAUGCUACUGGCAACCAACAACCUGAAGACCCCAAGGAAGAAUAUAUCCGUUUGUGGUGCAUGAAUGCACUCCACACUGACAAAUGGCAAAACUUCUACCCUUAUGAUGUUCCAUCUUA